GCCCAAGCGAAGCACAAAAGGCCGGCCCGAAGGGGUAAAUCACUAACUAACGACCGUCCACAUCAGUACGUCCAUCCGGCGAGUCGAUCCGUCGCAGCAGACAGGUUGAGACUUGAGACUUGCUGCCACUCACCACGGUCGGCGUUCACCACUUCCCCGGAACUCUCGGACUUAGCCGAAUCUCCCUUGCAAGUCUAUAUUUCGCUUCUCCCGUGGGCCUGUGCGGCCUGUGCCCCUCGCCCGCUCCCGAGUCCCGCCCUGCGCGGAUGCUCCAUCCAGCCUCCGCCUGUGACUGCUCUCUGAGUCGGUGGUCUUCUGAUUUUCAGGUUAAUUAUUAAAAUAUUUAGUGGCUCUGCAAGGUAGUAGAAUGAAAGAAGCACCAGAGCUAGGGAUUCCAACUUCAACCAAAAUUAAAUUUGACAAUGGCGACAGCGAUGAUCAUGAGGUCUCCUCAGAAAGUGAAGAGGAAGAGAUUGAGAAAGAACUUGCAGAAGUUACAUUUGAGGAGCUGCAGAAGGCACGGUCAGAUGGAUCUGAGGUGAUGUAUAUUAAACCUGCAUUGGAUAAAAAGGGUGGCCGGUCAAACAAAAACAGGCCGAUGGAGAUGAGCAGCAAGAAGCCUGUUAGCAGGUUUAGAGAAGCUCUUCAAGUGCCUAAAAAGGUUGUUCGUGAUCCUCGCUUUGAGUCAUUGUGCGGCAGUUUUGAUGAUGAAGGAUUCAAGAAGAGAUACAAAUUUCUUUAUGAAAAAGAUCUUCCAGCUGAAAAAGAGGAUCUAAAGAAACAAAUGACAAAAACUAAAGACCCCAAGGUCAUUGAUGAACUGAAGAAUCGUAUAACUUGGAUUAAUAAGCAAUUGAAAUCUGCUUCGACGAAGAAUACUGAGAAACAGAUUCUAUCUGAACACAAGAAAAAACAGAGAGAGGCUGCAAAACAAGGGAAGCAACCAUACUACCUUAAAAAAUCUGAAAUACAAAAGCUCAAAAUUCAUGAGAAAUACAAGGAACUCAAGGAAUCCGGUAAGCUUGAAUCUUUUAUGGAGAAAAAGAGACGAAAAAAUGCUGCGAAGGACCACAGGUAUAUGCCAUACCGGCGUUCUGAAGAACAAGGAAAAUAGUGAAGCUAGUUUGUUCAGUGGUCUGUUCUGCAGUCUUUUUGUGGAUCCAUUGUCAUUUCCAUUUGCGAAGUGUUGGUUAUAUAUUUCAUAGCAACAUUUCUUUGUGCUGUGAUUAAUUUUAUUUUAUUAAAAGUAUUUCACGUUAUGUCGUUUAUUAUCGAAUAGAAGUGGAAGUGUUGAUGAACGUUGUAGAUGGAUUCUGGGUAUGGAUGCCAAGUGGUCUAUUUUUUCGACAAUGACUUUAUUCUCAUAGGGCUUUUAUAAUGUGGAU